AUGAGACUAGUCACUAUCUCCAACUCCAUCAAGGACGCCCUGACUAAGAGCGAGGUGGUCCCAACAGUGAUCCACUCCGAUUCCUUCACUCCUAAAGGCUUUCUGAUCAUCUCCUACGGCCAGGACAAGGAAGUCGCCAUGGGAAACACUCUUUCGGUGAAGGACACUCAACACAGACCGGACUUCGCCUUUACACUCAACCUUUCAAAAGACACUGACCCGGACUUUUCGAUUUCGAGCUCCGACAGAUUUACUUUGGUGCUCACUGAUCCAGACGCACCAACAAAGGGCGAUGAAAAGUGGUCAGAGUUCUGCCACUACGUUGUGAAGAAUAUAAAGCUUAACGACUUCGACCCUAACAAAUCGGUUGACAUAUCCCAAAUAGAGGAGCAAUUGACCACGUCGAACCUCAAUGGCGAAGACCUCGUCCCCUACAUGGGCCCUGGUCCUCCACCAAAAACAGGCAAGCACAGAUACGUGUUUCUGCUGUACAAGCAGAAACCAGGGGUUGAGCCGGAAGCUCCAGCAGAUCGCCCUUGUUGGGGCACGGGUGUCCCCGGUUGGGGUGCCGAAGAAUGGAGCCAGAAAAACGAGCUUCAAUUGCUUGCUGUCAACUUCUUCUACGCACAGAACGAAGAGCAAUGA